AGAUCUUUAAAUCUCAGAUCCGGCCAUGUAUCAACACAUAACUUUAAAGCACUACACUCAUAAACAAACAUAAUAUACCAGUGUCGACAGCCAUGCACCACCUGUUUAAAUCAUUCAAAUUGAGAACCGAUUGUUCAUUCCGACUUAUCAUAAACAUUCUUCUUGUCUGUUAAUUCGACUAUGUGCAUCUUGAUUUUUCUAAUUUUUCACAUUUCCUCUCGGAUAUUUUAUGACAGACCCAUACCCGAAACCCGUAACCCGUUCAACCCAGUUACCCAGAUCCAGUCUCUCCUCCCCACAGAUUCAUAAAGCUUCAGUCUUUCUCCCCCAAUUCAAAAAACCCAGAAAACCAUGAACCUCCAAACCCUAAAACCCACCUUCCUCCGAUCACAGCACCCCAGAAAGCACCCUUCCUCCAAAAGAUCCCCACUCCUCUACGUCACCCUCAUCUCCUCCCUCCUCCUCUUCCUCCUUUACUUCUUCUCCCUCAACCCCACCUCCCUCCUCCUCUCCAAUUCCCCAAAAUGCCCUUCUCACAGGUUCCUCUGGUACGCCCCCCACAGCGGGUUCAGCAACCAGCUCAUGGAGCUCAAGAACGGAAUCCUCAUGGCCGGCAUUCUCAACCGGACGCUAAUUGUGCCGCCGGUGCUGGAUCACCACGCCGUGGCUCUCGGGAGUUGCCCCAAGUUUCGGGUUUCGGCUCCGAAUGAGAUCAGGGGGCAGGUGUGGGAGCAUGUGGUUGAGCUCAUAAGGAGUGGGAGGUAUGUAUCCAUGGCUGACAUUGUUGAUCUAUCGUCGUUAGUUUCUUCUUCAUUAGUUCGGGUUAUAGAUUUCAGGGAUUUUAUGUCCUUGUGGUGCGAUGUGAACUUAGAUUUUGCUUGCCCUAAUGAGUUCAAUGCACAGCCUCAUUUGCUGGAUAAACUGAAGGAAUGUGGAUCAGUACUAACUGGGGUGAAAGGUAAUGUUAAGUGUUUACAUGCUGUUAAUGAAGACUGCAGAACCACUGUUUGGACAUACCAGAAUGGUAAUGAGGAUGGGGCAUUAGAUUCUUUUCAACCCGAUGAAAAGCUCAAGAAAAAGAAAAUUUCAUAUGUUAGGAAACGACGAGAUGUAUAUAAGACUCUUGGACCCGGUUCUGAAUCUGAAUCAGCUUCUGUGCUGGCAUUUGGAAGCCUUUUCACUGCUCCUUACAAAGGUUCCGAGUUACUCAUUGAUAUCCGUGAAUCUCCAAGAGAUCAAAGGAUAGGUACUCUAUUGGAGAAGAUUGAAUUUCUUCCCUUUGCCCCUGAAAUUACGAGUGCAGGAAAGAAGUUUGCUUUGGAAACCAUAAAGGCUCCUUUUCUUUGCGCACAGCUUAGAUUAUUAGAUGGGCAGUUCAAGAAUCAUUGGAAAACUACUUUUCAAGGGUUAAAACAAAAGCUAGAUGCUUUGACGCAGAGCCCUCUACCCAUUCAUAUCUUUGUGAUGACUGAUCUUCCUGAAACUAAUUGGACUGGAAAUUACUUGGGGGAUUUGUCUAGAGAUCCUAGUCAGUUUAAACUGUUUUUCCUGAAAGAAAGUGAUGAGGUGGUAAUACAAACGGCUAAACGAAUUGUUGAUGCAGACCAUAGCUUGAAGUUUGGGUCUUCUGCAAAUAUUCAUGAUGGAACUGAUCAGAUUAAGAAGGAUUGUCCUUCUGAAGUAAUACCCGACGUGCUUCUAUACAUAGAGCAAACUGUAUGCAGUUGUGCUUCUCUUGGAUUUGUUGGGACUGCAGGAUCAACUAUUGCAGGGAGUAUAGAGCUAAUGAGAAAGUUCCGUGCAUGUUCUAGCUAAUCUCUGAUGACAUUGCCAAAUGUCUAUUGACAUGAUAAAUUCUAGUUCCAUGCAAGGUUGCUGACUGGGAAAGUUCAAAAGCAUGCCUGAACUCUGGUUGUAUUAAACAAUCUGGGCUCUUCCUGAAGUAUUACUUGAUGGCACCAGCUGACUUCAGCGUCCUGAAGCUAGACAGGAUGCCAGAAAGGAAGUGAUCUGUGUAGAGAAGGGUGGAUCUCAGAGAAGGUUGGAUGCUUUGUAAACAAAAGGGGUGAUUCUCAUCAUAUACAUGGAUGCUCAGUUCAAAGUUCAGUAUCAAGUCGAUAACUUCUUUUGGUUCUGCCACCACUUUCGACAUUGAUGGUUGUGUAGCGAUUCUUUGAGUGCUAUUUAUGGUGGUAAUGCCAUGGAUUCAAGGCACCAGACUGCGCAAAUGCAUAUUGAAACAGCAUAUUUUUGGCACUUUGUAUGAACCUGGUGCUAUGUAUACAUUCUUAGACGAACAUUGUUGUAAACUAACUCCAAAACGUCUAGUCAUCACAUUGAAUGUAAUUUGAAGAAUCCUUAUUUUGUCUCUAAUUUUCUUUUUC